AUGGGAGGAGGAUUGAGUUGGAGAGUAGAGGUGGAAGGCAUCGGGUUUGGGAUGAUAAUGAGGAUGGGACAAGACAAGACGGUCAGAAUAGCGGGGGGACCGGACAAGACGGUCGGCCAGAAUAGGGCAGGACAGGGCAAGACGGUCGGUCAGAAUAGGGUAGGACCGGACAAGACGGUUGGUCAGAAUAGGGGGAGGACAGGACAGGACAAAACGAUCGGCCAGAAUAGGGGGAGGACAGGACAAGACAGCCAAGACGGUCAAAUAAGAUAA